UUGACUUUUCCACACCUAUAUCUCAAUAAACCAUUUAAUAUCUCUUUUCUUAAUUAUAUAUAUAUUAGCUUAGAAGCAAUUUACAGAACAGUAUUCAAGUAAAAUGCAGAUAUCAGCGAGCACAAUAAGUGCAAUAAUAGUUGUGGCAGUGGCUCUUCUUUCAUUACAUGUCAUCAGCGCUCAAUCGGAUUGCGAACAGGUGGUUGUUGGGUUAGCUCCGUGCCUGCAAUACAUAGAAGGGAAUGCCACGAGCCCGUCAUCAGGAUGCUGCACUCAGCUCGCCACUAUAGUGAAGACGCAGCCUCAGUGCUUGUGUCACGUUUUGAAUGGCGAGGGCUCAUCCUUUGGAGUUAAUAUCAAUCAGACACUUGCUUUGGCUCUUCCUACAGCUUGUAAUGCCCACACUCCCUUUCUUACUCUAUGUAAAGCAACUUCCCCAACUGGUUCUCCGGAAAUCUCUCCGUCCAUUCCUUCAGGAGACAGAUAUUCAAGAUUUUCGCCAAAUGGAGAUUCAUUGAAGCUGCAGCCAUACUCUCUGUUAUUUACCCUUAAUGUAGCCACUUUGUCAUAUGUCACAAUAUUCAGCUCCAUCUUAUAAACUCAAGCUCACUCAACAAAAAUACCGUCUUUAAUUUUUGUCAUAAAGAGAAUCCUUGUAAGAAGGUUUUUGUCUAUCUUAAAUUUUUGCUUAUGUAAAGAUAGUUCAUCACAAAUUCGUCACAAUCUUGUGAUGGAUGUCUCAUCAUUUUCUUUUUUGGCCAAGGCAGAGGAUUUUAAUUACUCUAUUGAAAUUAAUAUUUUCAGAAAUAUUGAACAAAUUAAGCACUUUUUGAAUGUAUA